ACCUGCACAGCUCACCACUGUAGGCAAACGCUGCUGCUUGUGGAUUCAGGACUUGUGCAUGGACCUGCAGAACCUGGAGCGGGCUCGGGAUGACCUGCGCUUUCGGGGUGUAAAAGGCACCACUGGCACUCAAGCCAGCUUCUUGCAACUCUUUGAGGGAGACCAUAGUAAAGUUGAAGAGCUGGACAGAUUAGUGACUGCAAAGGCAGGAUUUAAGCGGGCUUAUAUGGUCACAGGGCAGACCUAUAGUCGCAAGGUGGAUAUUGAAGUCCUGUCUGUGCUGGCCAGUCUUGGGGCAUCUAUACACAAGAUUUGUACUGACAUUCGUCUUUUGGCCAACCUGAAGGAGAUAGAGGAGCCUUUCGAGAAAGACCAGAUUGGUUCAAGUGCUAUGCCUUACAAGAGGAAUCCAAUGCGUUCAGAACGCUGCUGCAGCCUGGCUCGACACCUGAUGACUCUGGUGCUGGAUCCCCUCCAAACAGCCUCUGUGCAGUGGUUUGAGCGAACGUUGGAUGACAGUGCCAACAGGCGCGUGUGUCUGGCUGAGGCUUUCCUCACAGCUGACAUCAUUCUGAGUACACUGCAGAAUAUCUCCGAGGGACUUGUGGUAUAUCCAAAGGUGAUUGAGAGGAGGAUCCGGCAGGAGCUGCCAUUCAUGGCCACAGAGAAUAUAAUCAUGGCGAUGGUGAAAGCAGGGGGCAAUCGUCAGGAUUGCCACGAGAAAAUUCGUGUUCUCUCCCAGCAAGCAGCUGCUGUUGUAAAACAGGAAGGGGGUGACAAUGACUUCAUUGCCCGUGUCCGCGCUGAUCCUUACUUCAGCCCUAUCCAUAAACAACUUGAAAGCCUGUUGGAUCCCUCCUCCUUCACUGGACGUGCUCCUCAGCAGGUGGCAAAGUUCCUGAAGGAGGAGGUUCGACCAGCACUGAUUCCAUACCAAAGCAAGAUGGGUGGGAAAAUUGAGCUGGCACUUUAGGUAUAUUCUGCAAAGGUGUGUGGCUACAGGAAGAUAAUAAAGCCUUAUUGAACCA